AUGGACACACACACACAGAGACUAACUACAGACAGCCCACGACACGUCUCUGAGCCCGGUGAGACAGGCCCUUCUCCCGGGGGCAGAGCGGCGGGAGUGGACAGGGACAAUUGGCGGAGACAGGAGGCUUGUGCGGCUGUUCGCUCUCUGCAUCGGACCUGGCAGCUCGGCGCCGCGCAGGAGCUGACAGACGACGGCGGCCUGUCAGUGCGCAUGAGUGGGUACGUGCACCACCGCCCCCAAUGA